AUGAAGCUACGCAUCCCUGGGUUCCGCAACACACGCGCCAAAGUGGCACGACGAGCUGCGCCUGUUUUACGCUUUCUCGCAGCUCCCAGACGGCCUCCCCUCAAGGUCAUCGAGGGCGGCGGAGUUACGUUUCCGGCCACGAGUUACGUGUCACAGCUGCGCGGAUACUCAACCGGUUCCAACCCCGGCAGCGGCAGCGGCAACGAUGGUAACAACAGCGAGGGAAAGCGCCGAGCUCCACUGCGUCACCGCAUCCGCGAUGCCUGGAGAAACACGCCUACAAAGUGGUACCCACUCCCUGUCGGUGUCGGCGCUGUUCUGCUAGCGGUCAUCCACUAUAGGCGCCAACACACUGGAGCAGCCGGAGUAUUCGCCACUACUGGCGAUACAGGUGUUGUUUACACCGGAGCCGGUGAUGCCGUCCGCAUAUCGGGCCCUUGGCAGGUACAUGUUCUCGCUGCUCUUCCUCUGCGCUCUUUAUCACGAUUAUGGGGAACCCUCAAUACCCUUGAGCUGCCUGUGUGGAUGCGCCCCGCCGGUUUUAAACUAUAUGCGUGGAUUUUUGGAUGCAAUCUUGACGAGAUGAAAGAUCCCGACUUGACCAACUAUGCAUCUCUUGGAGAGUUCUUCUACCGUGAGCUGGCAGACGGAGUCCGGCCCAUCGCGAAUAGUGCUCUCGUAUCUCCCGCAGAUGGCACCGUGCUUCAUUUCGGCUCGAUCACUCAUGACGGGCGAGUUGAACAAGUCAAAGGCCUUACAUAUUCGCUCGACGCAUUGCUCGGAUCAGGCUCACGGUCACCUUCACCCGCAAGCACACCUGCGGCGCUGCCCACACCCCCUCAGACCCCGCCGAAUGAAUUCUACGUACCUUUUCCACCUCGGGACCCUGCACACCAACAAGCAUCCGACAUGGAAUUCGCAAACGUAAAUGGUAUUGACUAUUCGCUCGAUCAAUUGCUCGGGAGAUCGGCCGACACGCCGCGCGCCGAUGAGAAUACGGAUCAGGACGCUACCAAGGAGGAAGUUCGCGCCAGUAAACCUCGAGAACCUGAAGAUGCAAGUGUUGGGUACGAAACAGACACCAUUGAGGUUGCAACCGAAUUGGGACUCAGUGGGCUCCCACCCCUGCGACGCACUACGAGCGCACUCAAACCAGACAACGAGUUGUUUUUCGCGGUCGUGUACCUUGCACCGGGGGAUUAUCAUAGAUUCCAUAGUCCGGCUGCCUGGGUUGUUGAAAGGAGAAGGCACUUUGCUGGUGAACUCUUCAGCGUCUCGCCCUAUAUUGCCCGUCGGAUAGCCAACCUCUUUGUCUUGAACGAACGUGUUGCCCUGCUUGGACGAUGGAAAUACGGAUUCUUCAGCAUGAUCCCGGUAGGAGCAACCAAUGUUGGCUCGAUCGUCGUAAACUUUGACAAGAACCUCCGCACAAACCUACGUAAACGUCCACCUCCAGGUGCAUUCGUUGAAGCCCACUAUACCCAAGCCUCAGCACUCUUGCGUGGACAACCGCUCGCACGCGGGCACGAGAUGGGUGGAUUCAAGCUGGGAAGUACAAUCGUCAUGGUCUUUGAAGCUCCACGAGGCUUUAGGUUCAAGGUCAAGCCGGGAGAAAAAGUCAAGGUCGGCCAGGAGUUCGGGGACGUAUUCUGA